AUGACAUCACAGCCUGGCGGGAAUCCCCCUGUCGUCUCCAAGGGCUACAAGGCCAAGGGAGAGUACAAGACUAUCAAUGGAUUGAAGACUUAUGUGACCGGUCCCGAGGAUGCCUCGAAGGCUAUCUUGGUCGUAUUCGACAUUUUCGGCUUCUUCGAUCAAACAAUCCAGGGCGCAGACCUGCUCUCCACUUCCACCGACCAGAAGUACCGCGUCUUCAUGCCAGACUUCUUCGAGGGUUCACCAGCAGACAUCUCGUGGUACCCACCCACAACCGACGAGCACAAGGAGAAGCUCGGUGCCUUCUUCUCAAACCAAGCCGCUCCCCCGAAGACCCUAUCCAAGAUCCCGAGCGUCGUGGCCGAGAGCAACAAACUAGCCCCCGGCGGUUCGUUCCAGUCAUGGUCGAUCCUGGGCUUCUGCUGGGGUGGUAAGAUUGCUUCGCUAUCAUCCGGUGCUGAGAACAAGAUCUUCAAGGCUGCUGUUCAGUGCCACCCUGCUAUGGUGGAUGCAAAUGACGCCAAGGCUGUCAACAUCCCUAUGGCGCUGCUGGCUUCUGGGGACGAGCCGGUGCAGGAUGUCAAGGACUUUGAGGCGAACCUUAAGGUUCCUAAGCAUGUUGAGACAUUCUCUUCUCAGAUUCAUGGUUGGAUGGCUGCUCGUUCGGAUUUGGAGAAUCCCGAGGUUCGUAAGGAGUAUGAGAGGGGAUACAAGACUGUUCUUGAGUUCUUCCACCAGCACUCGUAA